CUCCCACCAACUCAUUUUACUAAAAGAGUGGAUCCGACAUCCGGUGCCACAGAAAAUUGGUGGUGGCGGCGACGAUGCAAAAUCCCGGCGGUCGCGAGAGUUUACAAGGGAUUUUGGGGGACUAACAUUGAACUAUCUGGAAAUUGUUUGCAAACCCUGAACGCCACUAAAAAUUCAGAUGUGCAACAAAUGCGCAAUGUGGAUGUUGAGAGUGAAUCUAGAUGUGGUAGCUUUAAUGCGAGACGCUGGUUGCGCGGUGCUUGGAGCCUUUUGGCGACUAAAGUUGAGAAGCGAAGUGAGGAUGGAGUUGUGGAUUGUUGGACGGUUGUACUAUUGUGA